AUGCAGGUCACAGCAACCUCUCCCUUCAAGCAUGAGCACGCCCUUGACUACAGGAUCUGCGAGUCCUCCAAGAUCAUGAAGUCUUCGCCCAACAAAGUCCCCGUGAUCCUGGACUCAGAAAAUGAACUGCCUGGCCUGCUCCCCCUGCGCAAUCGCGUGAAGUUGUCAUGCGAGACAACGGCAGGGCAGGUGAGCAAGGCGAUCGCUUCCAGGAUUGAGCUGGACAGAAACCACAGGGUCGUGCUCUUCUGCGGCAAUGAAACCGUGCAAAAGAGCGCGAGCAUGGGAAGUCUGUACAAGGAGAGGAAGGACGAGGACGGGUUCCUCUACAUCAGAUAC